AUGACGGCUCACACGUCGGCCGCCUCCGCCGCCCGGGCAGAAUGGCGUGCCAUUGCCAUCUGCUUGUUCAUUACGAUUGCUGCUUUCCAAUUCGGCUUUGACUCGUCCUACUAUUCCGGCAUCUUGGUCAUGGAGCCCUUUAUCAAGGCCUACGGACACUACGAUAGUGCGACCGGCGGCUAUAUCCUCAGCUCGAGCAUUCAAUCUCUCACCACUAGCAUCAUCAAUGUCGGCGAGCUCGUCGGAGCCGUUUCAUCCUACCUGGUGGAUGACAGAAUCGGUCGCCGGGGCGGCUUGUUUGUUUCCAGUACAUUCGUGGUCCUCGGAGUGGUCUUCCAGGUUGCCGCAGACAAACUCGCUCUGUUGAUCAUCGGGCGCCUUUUCCUCGGAUACGCGGUGGGGUUGAUCUCGUGCUUGGUGCCUUUGUAUGUAGCCGACUGCGCUCCAGCCAGGUUUCGUGGGGCCCUGGUGUCUCUCUACCAAUUCGACGUCGGCCUCGGGCUGCUGCUUGGUGUCAUCGUCGACAACGCCACCAAGAAUCGAAACGACAGUGGUGCGUAUCGGAUCCCGAUGGCAGUCCAGUUGGUAUUCCCUGUCAUCCUGGUCCCCGGCCUGAUCUUGUUUGCCCCCGAGUCACCGCGCUGGCUCUUGACCAAGGGGAAGACCGAGCAAGCUCGUGCAGCUCUGCGUCGCUUGCACGGGAACAAUCCCGAUCUGAUCGAAAGUGAGAUCCUGCACAUCUCGGGAAUGAUUGAGGAAGAGCGCCGCGUGGAGAGUUCGUGGCGGGAUCUACUUCGUUGGACUCCUGAUGGUCGCAAAGCAUAUCUGGGGAUGGCGCUACAGGCAUGGCAGCAAGCAUCCGGUAUCAACUUCAUUACAAGCUACGGAAUUGUUUUCUUCACUGCCAUCGGGAUGACAAAUACCUUCCUCAUCCAGAUGGGCCUCUACCUGGUCCCUAUGCCAGCGGUAUGGCUCAACCAAUACUGCGUGGAGCGUUUUGGCCGUCGUCCCAUGCUGCUACUCUCCUGCAUCCUAGUCGCGGUGGUGCUGUUGAUCGUCGGCGGAGCAGGAACUGCAGACCACAAAACCAUGGCUCUAGACCGAACGAUCGUAGCAAUGGUGUACAUCUUCAUGAUCGUCUACAAUCUCUCCCUAGGACCGGCCGUCUGGGUCGUGACCUCCGAGAUUUCCACCGGCCCAAACCGCAGCAAACUCAUGGCCACAUCGACCGGCACCAACUGGUUCUGCAGCUGGAUGGUGACCUUCACUUUCCCGUAUCUCUUUGAUUCCGAUGCAGCCGGCCUCAGCGCCCGAGUCGGGUUUAUCUACGGUAGCUUGAUGGUCGCGGCUGCUGUCUGGGUCUUCUUCCUGCUGCCCGAGACGUCAGGUCGGACGCUAGAGGAGAUCCAGAUCCUGUUCCAGAAUGGUGUAUCAGCAUGGAAAUUCAAAUCGUACGAUAUCACGGAAUUAUCGGGGUCAUCUGCGAUCGAGGAAAAGAAAGAAGCACAUGCAACAGAAGUGGAGGAAGUCUAG